ACGUGCUCCGUGAUUUGAGAGAAAUGUUGGGCGGACCCACACACACACAGCGCCCCUAUAAAGAUCACCCCUAUAGUCGCCUUACCAGAUUGUAGGGCCAGUCCGCUAUAUACCCUGCCCACAGCUAUUAUCCUCAGUCAGUCGGUGAUUACCUUGCAAGGCGAGAUACUAUAUAUGUAUUGUUUUACUUAUUUACUAUUUUAAUUUACUAUUUUGUUUAUUUUACCAGAGAGAGACAGAGAGAGCCGUUUUUGUUUUUGAAGAUGGAAGGCAGUGAGCAUGCAGAAGCGAAAGGAGACGACGACGCGGAUGAGCCAACGCCCGACCGUCCGAUACCUGGAGGUGGCGGACACUCAGCCAGGAGUCAUGGUCCAUUGCCAUCGCAGAGCUGUCAAGACGAAGGAGGAGAUGGCUCAUCCUGUCACCUCCGUGCUAACGCCGAUUCGCAAACGCCAAAAGAAGUUGAUGUUAAAAUAAAAAGUGAUUUCGAUGCCAUGUUAAGUGAUUUGGGUUUGACUGAGUUCUACCCUCAAAAAUUGACACUCAACUCUGUUUUAAAGAUAACCAGAGCUUCUAUUUUCAGAAAAAACCCCACGUCUUUGAACGAACUCCCCAUGCAUUUCCUGUACAAUGUAAUGAGGGCAAACGGGAAAUCUAGAAACACUGAAUACAGUUUAAGUCAAGGAACCACGCCUAUAUAUCGUUCUUAUGCAAACGAUGAAGAAGAGUUCUCUCUGGGUAGCGUGCUUGAUCCAGAAGUGUACUCCGUCACCAUCCUGGACUUGAUAACCGCAGUAUUCCUCUGUUCAGACAGCCUCUUGCAGCAGACACUCAUGGUCAAGAUGUCUCUGUGUCAGUUCGCGUUGCCUCUCUUGCUGCCCGACGUGAGUCAGGGCAGCAUCACCUUCCUGCUCUGGGCCAUGAGGGCAGUGGUUCACAAAUGGAGACCACAUUCUAAAGAGGAGAGUAAAGGUUACAUUGAGCAAGCGAUUGUCACUACAGCGAUGCCAAUGAUCUCUUUUGUGCGAAUUGGAGAGUGCGGGGUCUCUAAAUCAUCGAUCAUCAACUCCAUUGUCUGCAAGGAGCCACACAAUUUCUUCGUGCACCGGGACAUGGAAUGCGGAAAAUUUCCCCGAAGGAUUUCCAAUGGCCUCGUCGAAGUUUGCUUUCACCUGCCAUGUGGGGAAUCGACCAUCGACGUCUUCCCGGAGAUAUUCGCGGUGGCGAAUCUCCAUGGUGACAUGCGCAACAGCCUGGCUCAGUUCCAAUUUUUGAAAUCGAACUCGGCCGCGGUGUUCGUUGUUGUGGACAACAUUGGCAAAAGAGAUUGCGACUUUUUAACCUCGAGCUUCGAUCCCAAUUCAAACGUCUUUCUCGUGAUUAAUCCUGAUGUGAAGCACCAAAGCCAAACUGAGGGGAGUGUCAGGAGGAUUUUGACUGAACUGAAAUUGAAAAACCAAAAUGUUCACAUCUGGGGCAAUCAAAAUCAGACCGUGUUUUUGAAAAAUAUGAAUGGCAGCAUCGACGGCGUGCUGAGAUACAGCAAGGCAUCGAAAAAUUUGGAAAACAUGUCUCAAACUGACCCAAAAUUAUGCAUCAUGACCGACGAAGUUUGUAGCGACUGCCAGGCAUCCGUGACUGUGGCCGACUGGAUUGUCAGCGAGAUUGAAAUGAAGGAUAAGGAAUCUGUAAAAGCGACGUUGCUAGCUGCUCAGGGGGUUUUCUGGCAGGAAUGGUCAAGAAAGGACAAGGAGAUGAAUCGCUUGAGACAUAGAGGAGAUGUGGACAUCAAUGAGUACAUUGCACAACUGAGUGAACAUAAAAUUCAAAUCCGCAACGAGCAGGCGAAAGUGGAACUUCCCGAUGUGGUGGACUCAUUCAUCUCGGCGUGCCUCGAACUUUCUGUGGACAAAAAAGUGUUGUUCCUGCAGCGAAUGAAAAUGAAGCUCGAUGCAUUGUCAAGCAACAUUAUCGUUCCUUUGGAAGAAAAAUUCAAGGAGCUCUGCUUUGACCCAAACCAUGACAAAGAAGCGCUUAAACAAACCAAUGCAAAGAUUGCUAACUCCCCGGUGGGUCUAGAGCACUUCAUGCGCGAACUUGAGCAGAUAUACGAGGCUUCCAAAGCAAGCAGAAGCAAUCCUCAAUUCCUGAGGCUUCCAUCGGUCAUGGCUCAGUUGCUCAUAAAUGGCUUCCCCAUGGAGCUCCUCGACGGAGAUACUGGCUGCAUUCCCAUUGACUGGGUGAUGGACGUACUUGCCGAAGUACGCACCCAGCUGGGCGGUGACCCCCGAGUCUUCGUCGUGUCUGUGCUGGGGGUGCAGAGCUCGGGGAAGUCAACACUCCUCAACGUCAUGUUCGGCCUGCAGUUCGCCGUGGGCAGCGGUCGAUGCACUCGUGGCGCUUUCGUGCAGCUGCUCCAUGUUGAUGACAACUUGCAGCGAGAGCUCGGCUUUGACUUCCUGCUGGUAAUCGACACAGAAGGGCUGAAGGCGCCGCAGCUCGCAAAUCUCGAUGACAGCUGUGAGCGCGAUAAUGAGCUAGCCACAGUGGUAAUUGCCCUGAGUGACGUCGCCAUUGUUAACUUGGCCACGGAAAAUGCGGAAGAGAUGAAAGACGUACUGCAGGUUGUUGUCCAUUCAUUUUUACGGAUGAGAGAGGCCGGCAAAAAGCCACACUGCCUAUUCGUUCAUCAGAAUUUUAAUAGCGUAUCUGCAAUGGCCAAGACUCUCAACGAUCAGAAAUAUCUGCUGGAUCAACUGGACAAGAUGACGAAAGCAGCAGCGAAAAUGGAGCACAAAGAUAAGUACUACAACAAAUUUACCGACGUCAUAGCACACGAUAUGAACAAAGACAACUGGUUCAUUCCUGGACUUUGGUUUGGCUGUUCUGCCAUGUCUCCUGUUAGUUAUGGAUAUACUGAACAAGUAUUUCAACUUAAGGCUCACAUCUUCGAAGAAAAACUAAAGUUGAAGAAACCCUGUAGCUUAUCCGAGUUCGGACAGUGGAUGUCGACGGUAUGGGACUCAGUAAAAAAGGAAACGUUCAUCUUUAGCUUCAGAAACAUAUUGGUCAUUGAGGCAUAUAACAAACUGUGUACGACAUAUGCAGAUUGGGAGUGGAAGUUUCGUAGAAAUCUCCUUUCCUGGACACAACUUGCACAGAACACCAUAAUGAACACGGUACCGGACAAGCUGCAUGAUGCGCAUGAGAGGUUACAACAGAAAGGAAGGGAAGAAGUCAACAAUCACAAGACACUGCUUUUACAGCAUGUAGAGGAUUUAUUUUCAAAACCUUCUGAAGACGCUCACCUCAUUGUGAAAUACAAAGAGGAUUUCAACAUUAGCACCAAGCGUCUGGCUGAGCAAAUACUUACCGAAGCUCUUGACAAGUGCGAGGAAACCGUCUGUAAGAGGGAAUGUCUCCUCGCUUUGGACACUUUGCAGGACCAGUACAGGAAGACCAUCUCGCAAAGCGUGAACGAUAUUCUGGAGAAAUGCAAAUUUGGCAAAACUAAUUUGACUGACGAAGAAAUUGAGAAGGAAUUCGAGGAAAUGUGGUCAAGAACGGUUUCAAAGCUUCCGAAAGAAUCCAUAAGGAGGCGCAAUGUGAAGGAAGACAUGCAGCAACGGCUUUGCCAUAAUACACAGCGCUAUAAAGCAUUGGUGAAUGAAAAGCUACGCGAUCCGUCCAUCUUAUGCACGCAGAAGCAUAAUUUCCAGGUGAAAAAUGAGCACAUAGAAGGCUGGUUUAUGAGAACGGGGUCUUCUCUGCAAAUUAGCCACAUACCAUCAGAGCUGUAUGAUUUGUCCUAUAACAUAAUUAAGGAAUGCAAAGAUUUGAUAGAAACCAAGAAAAAGUCAAACAAUGAUUACCUCCCUACUUAUUGGGAUGAGCUUUUCACAAUCGUAGAUUCUCAACUGCAGAGAGGAACUAAACAGAAAAUUCCUUUUGGCAAACACUUUGUCGUGGACAUCAAGCUUCAUAUUUGUGCAAUUGCCAUUGGUCCAUUCGUACAUCAACAUGAAGAGUUUGUUGAGAAAAACAACCCAUGGAAUCAACUUCCAGCAAUGAAGGAGAAAUAUCACAGUGUAUUUGCGGAAAUGUAUAAGACUGGCGAUGAAACACGAAACAUUGCAAUGGUCUUUUGCGAUCAAUGCCUCAAGCCUGCUUUGAAAGAAGUCAUAGACCAAGAAUUAGGUCCAAAGAUUGUGGAAUAUAUCAAAAGAAAAUGUAUCAAGUUAUUCGAUCGUAAAAACCUCCAACAUUCUCUCUUAUCCGAUUUACUGGAGAAAGAUAAUUUUGACUUAUAUCACGGAUUCUUAAGCGAUUACAAAGAGUUUACGACAACGUGGAUAAGGGAGCAUGUUGUGAGUUACUGCGAACAAAACAGAGAAGAUAUUUUCUAUCUGACAAAAAGUAUCUUGUUCGAAAAAUCGGAACGAGCAAAGAGAGUCGUGUCAUCUCUCCUGAGGGAAUCCACUCCGGUGAAGGUUUCUGACCUUUUGCAAAAGCUAAAGCUAUCCCUGGCGGGCGACAUUGUCAUGAAAACGUACGCCCUCGACAUCAUCGGCCCGUUCAUGCUCCAAGACUCUAACAGUGCCAAACGGUUUUGCGAGUCGCUAGACGGAGGCAUCGAUCGAGUGAGCCGCGAGGUCGCCAUCGACUUCGAGAAGUCCUACGACAUUGAGGGGAAAUUGGACAGACUGACCGUGCAGCCGCAUGGAGAGCUCUUUAAGCUGUUGGCCGGAUGCGGCAACGCCUGUCCCCUGUGCAAGGCACCAUGCGACCAGGGUGGUGGAGAGCACAGGGAGCAUCGGGCGACGUUGCACUACCCUCAAGGCCUCUGCGGCCAAAAGUGGGACUCGCGCAAAAAGCUGUCCGUCGAAGUGUGCACCACCUCUGUUGCAAAGAGAUUCUUGUUCUUUUUCAAAGUACAUACGUUUUCCAACGUUGACACUAACAGCAAAAUCGUUCGUUAUGCAGACUACCGCAAUGUGAAUGAAUACUACGGCUCUUGGGAUAUUCCGGAAAGUUCCACACUAGAGGCCCCACUCUUCUGGAGAUUCGUAUUCUGCAAGUUCAAUGAACAGUUCGCUGAGCGUGCAGUCGCCCAGCCGGCAGACAUACCGAGAGGAUGGAAAUCUAUUACCAAGGAACAAGUGGAACGCGAUUUGCAAAGAAUGUACGGCCUCAUUGUAAUCAAUGAGUGAAAUAAAUGUAAGUACAGUGAGUCCCAGCUUAACGCAGGAGUAUGUGCCUCCCUGAAAAUGACGUGUUGGGCCAAAACUAUUUCCUCAUAAACAAUGUAACGACAAAGUUUUGUGAAAUACUACGCACGCACACAAAUAACUAAGGGUAGGCUGCUCUGUUACUGAAUCGUUUUGUGUACUGUAUCACUCUACUACUCAGCCAUGCAGCUCAACAAAGGAGUUCGUCAUCGACCACUCGAAAACUGCGUUUUAGCGGUGCGCGUUUCGCGUUGUGAGAAAAGUGUUGGAAAGAACUACGUUGGUGUGCGAACAUCACGCGUUAAGCAAGGACUUACCAUACUGAACUGCAAUAUACAGCACAAUUCAUGAACUAAUAACCCGCAUAAAGAUUAAUGUUAAUGUUUGGAAAUAAAAAAGUAUUAUUUAAUCCAAGGAAUUAUAUAAAGUUCAAGUGUGAAUGUGAUUUUACAACGUAAUUGCACUUUAAAAAAUCUGUAAUUGUGGAAUGAUUUGAUAUUGUCAGCCGGCUGAUUCACCCUUGAGAAAUAGCUUAGCUCAGUGGCAAAUUUUACUUAUAAUUAUGAAUAAUUAGUUCGUCAGUGGGAACACAAUAAUAUACCGUAUUUAAAUGAUCAUACAGUCAGUGUUAUUGAAUGUGUUACGGUUCAACAGGGAAACGUUAAUCUCAUAAUUAAAAAAAUAAUAUUGUACAUGCAUUAGUAGCAAUGGUAAAAAAAAUACUGCACAGGAAAUAAAAUAAAGUAACAUGAAUAGAAAAAGAAAAUCUGUUUUAUUUUGACUUGAGUGCUGAUGCUGGCUUGCUUGUUGGCAUAGGGGCAAUGACUCAUCACAAUUGCACACACGCAGACACACAAGGAGGCACGCACACACGCACAGACACCAAUGACAAGUGAACCUUAUGGCAGUUACCUGUGGGCAACCCCGGCUCUCGCAU